GUGAGCUCUGAGAUGGCGGAGCAGGGCCGGCAGCUGCAGGAGUACGUGGCGCAGAAUAAGACAGCUGGGGAUCGAUCGGGACCGGACUGGCGUGGCUGGCUGGGCCGGAAUGUACCCUCAGCCCCCGUUCUGACGCUGCCUUCAGCCCCUAGCCUGUCAUGGGGCCCCCUGGAUCCGGACCCUCUGCUCCCUGGUCUGUCUGGAACCCAGCGGCUUCUAGCUGCCGGGGUUUGUGUGGCCAUGGCGGCCCUGUGCUUCGGCCUGGCCGGGCUGUAUGUGCCUGUGCUGGUGCUCCGGGCUCGGAAGUUCGCCAUGCUGUGGUCCCUGGGCUCUGCACUGGGCCUGGUUGCCUUCGCCUUACUGCGGGGCCCCAGUCGCCUUAUGCGGGAGCCAGAUCCCUGGAGCCUGCUGUUUGUGGUUGCCCUGGGUGGGACUCUGUACGCAGCGCUGGGGAUGCGGAGCACUGGACUCACCCUGGUUGGCGCCGCGGCCCAGAUCGUCACCGCGGCAGGACUGCUUCUGGGGCUGCUCCCCGGCGGGGCGGCUGGGAGACGGUACAUCGGCGGCCUGUGUGGGAGCCUGGUGCGGAAAGGAGUCUCCAAAGCCCUGCCUGUGUGAGGGGCCGAGGUCCUGAACCGGCAGUGUUCUAUGUGCCCCCUGGAACGGGACUGUGGGGUAAUUCCGAGGGCAACUCCUCAGGAACUGGGGCUGUGUGAUGUUCCUGCUGAUCCGCUCCCUAAACCGGAGCGUUCAACUCCGGUCCCUGCCGUAUCUUGGAGUAUUUAACACCGAGGCACCAAUAAGAGCUAAAGGCCCCUUUAGAAUGAUGACCUCUGUCUGGGGUGACAGGCGGGGACAUGAUGAACACAAAGAUCUGGAACCGGGGGCUGCUUACCGGCCGCAGGUGGGGCUUCGGUAUGAUGGUUUGAGGAAACACACGGCCCAGAUCCCCCAUGUUGUGCACCGAGGACCAAAGACUUCCCGUAGCAGGAGAUGCGCGGACUAAUCGUUUCUGUAUUAUUUCUGUCCAUGUGAAUAAAUGACAAACAAAAAUACCCCAAAUCAAAA